AACAUUUCAGAUCUGGAGCUAGAAAUCAGUGAAAUUAAAUCGUCUUCUUCUGAAUCUUAGAUUUAUACAAUUUCUGUCACUCUUGUUGAUUCUUGAAGUAUCACACUUACAUGUUCCAGGUAACCCUCGCCCUUUCUUUCUAUGCAUAUUGCUGAGUUUCUAUGUUCCAACUACCCUUUCUCUGAUCAAAUUUUCCUUCAGAUUGUGUGUGCCCGAGAUUCAUGAUAUAUUAAUUGUGGGAAAGGAACAGAAAGAUGACGGCUGAGAGAUUUUGUGAGAACGAAGAGGACAAGGCUCUGUUGGAAUCUGUAUUGGGUACAGAAGCUGUUGCCUUCUUUAGUUCGGCGAUUUCCAAUGAUGUCUUUUCCGACGUUAUUGUUCAACCAUGUCCUGAAUUGGGUGGUAUCCACCAGCGAUUGUGCCACCUUGUUGAUGUUUCCAAGUGGGACUACGCCAUUUUCUGGCAAGUUGCUGGCUUGAAAUCUGGUGGCUAUGCCUUGAAAUGGGGUGAUGGACACUGUCAAAAUCCCAAAGGGGGUCAUUGGAAUGAGAAGGAGGAGGAGAAGGAUGGUGCCAAGAGGCGGGUGCUGCAGAAGCUUCAUGCCUGCUUUGGUGGAUCUGACUCAAAAGAGGCCAUUUUUACAAGGUUGGAUAGGGUCUCAGAUGUGCAUAUGUUUUACUUGACCUCAAUGUAUUAUGUAUUUGGUUUUAAUUCCCAGUUUGGCCCUGCCAGUUCUUUUAAGUGUGGUAAAUCAAUUUGGGCUUCUGAGACUGCUGGUUGUUUAAACCAAUAUGAAUCAAGAUUAUUUCUGGUGAAAUUGGCUGGUUUUCAGACAGUUGUUUUUGUACCUUUCAAGGCUGGGGUUGUAGAGCUUGGUGCCAUGGAAAUGAUGCCUGAAGAGCAGGGUGUUUUGGAGAUGGUCAGAACAACAUUUGGGGAAUCUAGUCCUGGACAGUCAAAGGUAUUACCCAAGAUUUUUGGGCAUGAGUUAAGCCUGGGGGAUUCAAAAUCUCAGUCCAUAACUAUUAGUUUCUCCCCAAAGGUGGAAGAUGAUUCUGGUUUCACUUCAGACUCCUAUGAAGUACAAGCACUAGGGGCAAACCAUGCUUUUGGAAAUUCUUCCAAUGGAUGUAUAGGCGACAGUAAUGAGGCAAAAUUGUUCCCUCAGUUAAAUCAAAUGAUUCCUGGGAAUUUUAAUCCUCAAGCAAGGUUUUCUUGUAUAGAUAUGGGUAUUGAAGACUCAUCCUCGCCUCAUCUAGAUGAGCGGAAGCCCAGAAAAAGAGGGAGAAAGCCUGCCAAUGGGAGAGAGGAGCCACUGAAUCAUGUUGAAGCAGAGAGACAAAGGAGGGAGAAGCUUAACCAAAGAUUUUAUGCCCUAAGAGCUGUUGUUCCUAAUAUAUCUAAAAUGGACAAGGCAUCUCUGCUUGGUGAUGCUAUUACUCAUAUCACUGAUCUCCAGAAGAAGAUCAAGGUUUUGGAAGCUGAGAAAGACAUGGUUAACAAUAAGGACCACCAGUUGCCAUUUCCAGAUAUUGAUUUUCAGUCUAGACAGGAUGAUGCAGUUGUUAGAGUGAGCUGCCCCUUGGAUAUUCAUCCAGUUUCUGGAGUUGUUAAAAUGUUCAGAGAGCAUCAAAUUGUAGCUCAAGAGUCUAGUGUUUCAACUGCACAGGAUAAGGUAAUACACACAUUCUCCAUAAGAACUCAAGCUGGGGAGGCUGCUGCUGUACAGUUGAAAGAAAAGCUUGAAGCAUCUCUUUCCAAAAAUUGAUAGUGAAACUUGAAAUUAUAUUUUAUGUGGAGCAUCUCAAUUCCAACUACGGCAAAAAAUUAUAUGGUUGUCAUGCUGGCUAACAUAACAUGUCAGUGUUUUUAGGGCACUUUGUUAAGUAGAAUCUAAUUUGUUAGAUAUGGGUCUAGUGGAAUCCCUUUGAAUUAUGUGUUUACGUGUAUAAAAACUUACUGCUUAUGAGUUGAAUUCAUGUAAUAUACUGUUCCAAGUUUUACCCGGUUAGGCCCACCGGGUUCAAGCCCAAAGACUAGGCCCACUGAGAUCUAAG